AUAUUGAACUUUGACCUUGGUUCAAGUGCACCUUUAGAGAAUCCAAGUACAAGCGUAAAAGAUACUCUUAACAAUUUAGAUAAGAGUUGCAGGAAUAUUGAAAGUCAUGCCAGAAACUUUGAAGCAUAUGAACUACCAACAAUGUUAGAUAAGAAAGCAGAUAAAACAGAGCUUCAAACAUUAAAGACUCAGAUUCUUGAAACAUUAUAUCCUAUAGGUUCUAUUUAUACGUCAAUGAAUUCAACAAAUCCAGAAACAGUUUUAGGUUUUGGUACUUGGGAACAGAUUGUAGACAAAUUCUUAUACUGUGCUAACUCUUCAAAGCAAACAGGAGGUUCGAAGAAAAUUACUGAAGCAAACUUACCUGCGCACACUCAUACAGGAACUACAAACUUUUCUGGCGACCAUAGCCACUCAUUAAGAGACCAUCCAUUAUACAACUCAGAAUAUAAAGCUGGCAAUGACGUUUUAUCUCCAUCUUAUAACAAUGCAGCAAAAAAGACUUUUCGACCAACUGAACCAGGAGGAAAUCAUGUCCAUACUUUCACAACAAAUCCAACAGGCUCGGGUGCAGAUUAUAUGCCACCAUUUAUGACUGUAUUCGCAUGGUAUAGAGUUCAAUGA